GCGGCACCGAACUGUGAGAACGUGAAACGCACGACAUCCGCCUGCGCGUCACAAUUGCACCAAAACUCUGACCGGUAGACUUUAGCCAUCCCCACCCGAGACGAAACGAGAGGUUGGAUUGGAUUGGCUCAACCGGUAUAAGCAUGUAAUGUGCAUCAUCCAUCAGUCAGCUGCAUGCAGCGCCUCCGCCGCAUUCCUUCUUCUCACGCUGGAGUUCUUCCUUACAUCCUGUCUGCGCAGUCUCACAACCACCAGGACCACGUUCUCUUAGUCUGAAGAACGUAGAGCGUCUUUCACGCCAGCACUCACAAUCUGCGGGUUCGCCGUAAAGGAUGAUCCCUCAGCUCGACAAACUCAUAAAUUUAUUCCCACCCCUCUCCCUGGGCCUCGGGAUCGUGAUUGCAUGUCAGUAUAGUUUGACGUAUGAAGGUUCUACGACGGCACGACUCUUUCGACUGGCUUUAGCCCCUUUGGGCCUCUACGCCUUCUACGACUUCUGUUGGAGGGAUUUCGUCGAAUUCGAUGGGGCUCUCUACCCAACUAAUUACGUGCUUGUCGGGACGAUUACUACCAUCGGUAUGGUCCGACUGGUGGACGCAUGUCUCCUCACACUCCUCGACAGCAGACCACCCCACUACAUCGACCAUGGCACUGGAAACCCUAUCCCACUCCCCACGACACCCCUCAGAAGACUUGGUUAUUCCUUAGACAUGCUAUACGCCAUGAGAGGAACCAGCUUCUAUGAAGGCCGUCAUUGGAAUUGGGCAUCACCAAAAGUUGCCACGUAUCGGGCCGCCCAAGCCGCCAGUCCACGACUAUUCGCACUAUCAUCCGCCUUGUCUGCAUUCCUCAGCUAUCUCGCUCUGGAUUUCACCAAUUCGUACCUUUACUUCGUGAUCUCUCCCAUUCUCAGGACACGAUCACCCGGAAAUCAUACCCCUUUCACCUCUCUUCUACCACUCUGGCAGCAGAUCAUUUGCACGUUCGAAUUCUUCUUCGAAAUCCAGGUGGUGUACGUAAUAUCGGACACUAUACCCCUCGUUCUCUGCCUCGGCUUAGGUCUCUGCUCCGACCUCGAUAAUUGGCCGCCUCCUUUUGACAAUCCAUUAAUGUCCGGCUCAUUGCCCCACUUCUGGAGCCAGGCAUGGCACACUACCUACCGGCAAUUCUUUCUGAGAUUCGCACACCCUUUUAUCUACAUCUUAUUCCCGUCUACGCGCGACUCAUCUGCCCGAGAAGCAGACUACUCACCUUCCGUCGACAAGUCAACCACGACCCAAGGUGGCCCGCAACAGAAUGGGAUCCGGAGUAGUGCCGGAUUGGUGCUCAACAACGGUACCCUAAAUGAGAAACUUGACGUGCAUCGCAAUAACGGUCUAUCGAACCACGACAAGGAACCUGCAGGAAACAAACGUCGUCUUAGCCCGGCAGUUGCAUACGUAACGAUGGUCCUAUGCUUCGUAGCUUCUGGGCUCUACCAUCUCAGCCUUAUGUUUCGUGUACGCCUAGCAAGUCCCCCAGGAUCCAUCCCACCACCACAACCCUCCCUUCUGCAGUUCUGGAAGUAUGAUAUUUCAGCGGCGAAAUUUUUCCUCGUACAACCAAUCGGAAUCACGAUCGACAUGAUAUUGUUUAGACCGAUCCUUGGCAAGUCAUCGAUGAUAAGGAGGGUGUUUGCGUGGGUGUGGAUCUUAUAUACUAUACGAUGGUGGUUAGACGCGUGGGCUGCGGCGGGGAUGUGGGAUGGGGAGCAGCCAUGGUUGCUGGGAAGUCCCAUCAGGGCUGUCGCCGAUCGGUGGGGUUGGGUUUCGGGAGGCGCUUAACUGUUCAGAAGUUCGUUCUUCUGGCCUGCACACGAGAUAGCGGCGUUGCGGGUUGCCGCGUAUAGAUCGCACAGAAUAAUUAUAUUGCACCAAGGCUUAUUGACAUACAAUAAUUACCCGCCCAAUGUAUAUACGACCCGCUUCCUUUACUAGUACGUGCAUCUGCUUCAAACCAGUUUGUGCAUAUAAUGAUCGCAUUCUCACCAAGAAUGAGAGCAAAAGCAAAAAUGAGG